AUGACAAUAGAUAUAACUUCAAAAUCAAAUACAAAAGAUUCUAUUAAUGAAUCAUCAAAUUUAGAAUCAUCUAAUAAUAUUAAUAAACGAAAUACAUCUAAUGAAGAAGAAGAACUAAAUAAUGAACUAAACAACAAUAAAGACAAACAAUCAUCAAAUUCAACAAAUAAAUCCAUAAAUCAACAAUCAAAAACUUCAUCAUUAAAUCCUCCAAUUAUAAAACGAAGGAGAAAUAAUAGUUCACAACAUUUUAAUAAAGUAUAUUCUCAUUAUAAUAAAUGUUUUCAAAAUUAUUAUCAUUCAAGAAAUUUUUUAAAAUCAAAUCCCAAAUAUAUACCAAAUAUAAAACCUUCAGUAAAUCAUUGGCAAUUAAGAAAUUUAUUAAAAUAUAAUUAUAAAAAUCAAUCAUUAUUUUACACGAAAAAUGAUUGUAUAUAUUCAUAUAAUUUAAAAAACAAUUCUAGUGAAAGAAAAGUAAAAUUAAAUUAUUAUCCAAGAUGUUUUGAUAAUUAUAAUGAUUUAUUAGUUACUGGUGGGUUAUUAACAAGUAGUUCAAAAUUAUUUUCAUUAAACUUAGAAAAUUUAAAUCAAUCAACCACCACCAAUAAUUCAAGAAGAAAUAUAUCAAAAGGUUUAUUUUCAAUUUAUAAUCCUGAAAAUUUAUCAAUUCAUACUGUUAAAAUUGGAGAAAUGAUAAAUAAUGAUGUUAAAAUUAAUAAAUUAAGUAAUCUACAAUAUCAAAGUUAUUUAUGUAAUAAUGAUUCAAAUUUAUAUAUUUUGGAUAUAAAUAAUAAUUCAAAUUUAAAAUUAAUUUCAAAAUUUAAUUGUGAAUUAAAUACUUGUUUAAAUUCGAGUUUAAAAAUUCCAAAUUCAAAUUUAAUUACUUGUGUUGGAGAUUCUUCAUCUAUAUUUUUAAUUGAUCCAAAACAAGGGUCCAACCCCGUUGUAAAAACAAUAAAUUCAAAACAUGAAGGAGGAUUUGAUAUAAGUUAUCAUCCAAAUGGUUUAAUUUUUUCAACUGUAUUUCAAGAUGGUGUUUGUCAAUUAUAUGAUUUAAGAAAUUUAUCUUCCCCAUUGAAAACUUUUAAUUCAACAAGAAUGGGUCAUCAACUGGGUGCUUUCAGAGUUUGUAAAAUUUCAAAACAAAAUCAAUUUAAUGAUAUUUUAAUUAUUAGUGAACAUGUUGGUAGAAUUCAUUUAAUUGAUUUAAAAACUUUUGAAAAACAAAUUAUUGUUAUACCUGCUGCAUUAGAUCAAUUUGGUAAUUAUAAAGAAUCUUUAGUGAAGAAAGAUAAUGAAGAAGAAAAAUGUGAAGAAGAACAAGAAGAAGAUAAUGAAAUUGAUUUUAAACAACAUUAUCCUAUUAAAAUUUAUUCAGAUGAUGUUUCUUUCACUUCUCCAAUAGUUUAUGAUUAUGAUUAUUUAACUCAUGUUAAUAAUAAAUUAUUUAAAGAUUUAACUUAUAAACCACCAAUUAAUCAAACAACUACGAAUAAACAAUCAAGAGAAUCAACACCUCCAAAAUUAAAUAAUCCAAAUUGGUCUAAUUCUUCAACAUCAACAUCAUCAUCACCAGAACGAUAUAAUGAUGAAUCAUUAUUUUCAAUGUCUCCAACAUCAACAUCACAAUCAAAUCCAACUUCAAUAUAUCAUAAUAAUCAUCAAUUUAAUAGUUUAAGAUCAUCAUCAUCAAUUUCUUAUGAUGUUGAUAUAGAUUCUCAAUUAAAUGAAAUAUAUCAAACUUAUUCACAUACAAGAUCAGAUUUAUCAAGAAUUUCAUCAUCAAAUAUAAGAAAUUCAAUAUCAUCAUCAUUAGGAACAACCACCAACAGUAAUUAUGAAUCAGUGCCAUUAUCUAAUUCAUCAUCAUCAUCAUCAAAUUCAUAUAAUUAUUAUACUAAUUAUUGUGAUGAUUCUUAUCAACAACAAACAAAUCAUAUAAAUGGAGAAAUGGAAAUUUCUGGAAUUGAAUUUUUACAAGAACCAACUACAAAUAAUUUGAAGUUAAUUAUAAGUUGUCAAGAUGCUGGGAUUUUAGAAUGGGAAAUUAAUGAUGUUUGUAGACGUAGUAUUGGAAGUUUUGAAUUUGUUUAA